AUGGGAGCGGAAUGGUUCAAAAAGUGUUUACCGUUGGAAUUCUAUGAUCAAUUCAUAAAGGAAGGAAUUUAUCCCGAUGGUCGAUCAAUUUCUGCUUUUACACCACUUUCUUUUAAGUUAGGUGAUUGGGGAGGUGUUGGAUCAGCUCUGAUCCGACAAGGAGGUGUUGCCGUCUCAUGCAGUGUUCAAGCCUCAUUGGCACUUGUCCACGAUGGACCGCUUAUGACUCUGGAAAUCGAAGCGUGUUCAUCAGUUUCCCAGAUGGAGAUUAACGACAUCACAGACAUUUUAAACAGAUUAUUCGCUAAUAAAGCGAUCUUUCCGCGUUCUGCCUUCGAAGUGAAAGGAACUGAGGACUCUAUUCCAAUGACAUGGGAACUCAAACUUCACAUUCAGAUUUUGAAUUCUGAUGGUUCCAUCCCUGAAGCGGUUGUUUGUGCUACUUCAGCUGCUUUAUCAAAUGUUCGAUUACCAGCCGUUAAAUUAGCGCAUGCGAAAGAAGAUGAGUCUCCCAUUCAACGGGACGAAAUCUCUGUUUUAGAAGAGACAACACCACUAAACUUGGCAACGCUCCCGUUUGCGGUCAGUUUCCAUAUCUUCCGGAAUUCGAAGCAGGAUAAGAUACUCGUGGAUCCACCGCAAGAGCUUGUACAAUAUUGUGCUGCAAAAGUUUUUAUGGUGGUAGAUGGAAAAAAUGUGCUCUUUAUGCGAACUCGUGGUGUUAUCAGAGACGACCAAUUUCUUUCUACUAUGUCUGCUUUGGCAGAACGGCGACAUCAAGACAUAGCUAAGACGAAAAUGUCCACUGAGGUGGAGGAUAUCCUUAAAAAUGCUCAAGCGGCUGAGUUCAAUCAGGCAGUAUUUGAGGAGGAUCUGGAGAAUUUGUCAUUGCUAGAAGAUAGCAGAGACAGUUUCGUAUUCAACGCUACAUUGGAUGAGUCGCAACCGGGAACUUCCGAUCGAGACUCUCCUUACGGUUGUCGAAAUAUUAGGAGAACGAUAAAGUCUGCCAAAGAUUUUAUGGCUAGUGAUGCGUUCAAGACAAUUUCCAACGAUAAAGUUACUGUUGAUGGGAAAAGGGAGAAAUUAAACAUUUUUUGCACCACACCCGAACAUUAUGCUUUGACGGAUGCGGAUGGUCUCUCACUUUUGUGCGGGCGCUUAUGUUCCAUGGAUUUAGCGUUGUUAGGCUCCAAGGGCUAUCUCAUGAAUGAUGUGUUUGAACGGUGUUUGAGAGGUGUCGUUCAAGCAAGAAGAAGCACCAGAUCAGAACAUAGCGGAGUUGGUCCUGCCAUGCAUGUUUGUCUUGCUUGGUUAUGUCAUGCUGCUCAGUGCUCAAUUAGAGAUGUCGUACCAGGGGGUGAAGUUUUCCCUCACGCGGAAAGUUAUAUUCGUGAGCGAUUAGAACAAAGGAAGCUGCCUACAGUACCUGAAAGCGAGCGUACCGAACUGGCUGUAUUGCAGGUUUGCCGUGUUCUCGAGUUACUGUCUGUGUGCGAUCUACGCUCCCAAUCUCCAGUCGACCGUUCGAUACUCAUAUUCGUCAUAUGCCGCCUAAUUCUAGACAAGAACUCGUGUUGUACUAUGCAUCAUAAAGCGAGUUUAGCUAUUGAAAAUAUUCUUAACGCUUCCUCGCUAACCACAAGGGCAACCUUAGUCGAAUUCUCUAACAUUUUCUCGCUAAUUUCAGAUGAUCUCCCGAAUUUGAAACUAUGCCAUGAUUGCGUUCGCCUUUCGUUUCUUGAUCCGUCAUGUUGUCUAUCAUUAUUCAGCUCUUUGCUUAUUCAUCUCUCUGAAAGAGCAGAAUGUGAGCCUGCUAACUUGGACAAACUUUCAGAGAAGGAUUUUGUCAAUGCUCAUCUGGAAGUGGUUGUUGACGUUUUUGAGGAUGUUAUGGAUCUUUACGAAAAUGACAAUAAACAGAAAUGUGUCGUGAUUGCAAUGCUUGACACGACUCUAUGUCCUUUACUGACUAAUAAGAUCACACCAGAACUGAAUGAACAACUCAUGGAAAUGUUCCGUCGGUUGAAACGAGAUAUGGGUGCAUCCACAUGUCCGGAUGGGGCGCUCUCCUAUCGCCUUCUUCGCAAUUUGAUCGAUCGCUUUGAAAUUCAAUCCAGUGACAGUGCAGUGGGACUCGCGGAUGGCUGA